AUGAAUAUUCGCUGUGCUAAACCAGAUGACUUAAUGAAUAUGCAGCACUGUAAUCUGCUCUGUCUUCCCGAAAAUUAUCAAAUGAAGUAUUACUUCUACCAUGGUUUGUCUUGGCCACAACUAAGUUAUGUGGGAGAGGAUGAAAAAGGAAACAUUGUGGGGUAUGUUUUGGCAAAAAUGGAAGAAGAUUGUGAAGAUAAUCCUCAUGGGCAUAUAACAUCACUGGCUGUCAAACGAUCACAUAGACGACUGGGGCUUGCACAAAAAUUGAUGGAUCAAGCAGCUAGAGCGAUGGUAGAAUGUUUUCAGGCCAAAUAUGUAUCAUUGCAUGUGCGAAAAAGCAACAGAGCCGCAUUGAAUUUAUAUACUAAUACAUUAAAAUUUACUAUUUCUGAGAUUGAACCAAAAUAUUAUGCUGAUGGUGAAGAUGCAUAUGCAAUGAAAAAAGACUUAUCACACUUCACAUUGUUGUGUGCCGAUGACGAGAUACCGAGUAGCGACUCUUUGUCUAAUGCUAUGAAAAAAAUUGAAAUUGAUUCUUAA